AGUCCCUCUCUCUCUCUCUCUCUCUCUCUCGGAUAGCGGUGCAGACGUGGGCAGAGUGUGGGGUAUAGGAGCAGCGGCGAGGGUAGGUGGAGGAGUGUGUUUGUGUGUGGGGCUGGCAGACAGCAUGGUCUGAGGACGGGUGAAGCAGAAGCCUCAGGAAGUCCAUGUAGAGGGGAUCUCCACUCAGCACCAUCAGCACUCAGCAGGACAGCAGCUCCAGCAGAGAAGCAACAGGAGGAGCGCAAACAGGUGUCUGAGUUUUUUUUUUUUUUUUUUUUCUUUUUUGGGGGGGUUUGGGAGUGGGCUCCGAGCUGGACCGCAUGCAUGACACAACGCAAAGGCGAGAAACCCACCAUCAGCAUCCAGGAGCACAUGGCCAUUGACGUGUGCCCCGGCCCCAUCCAACCCAUCAAGCAGAUCUCGGACUAUUUCCCCCGUUACCCGCGGGGCCUCCCCGCCGCUGCGCCCCACGUCGGGCCACCGCGCUCCCCCCUCUCCACCCCCUCCACCUCUGUGUCUGCCGCUGAAAGUGAGCGCCCCGAUGAGGACAGCCCUGAGCGGGCGUGUGCCGGAGCCACCGCCUCCCCACAGGCCGCCAGGAGGGACGAGGAGCCGGAUGUGGAGGGAUACGACUCGGACGACUCCACCACAUUGGGAACCUUGGAGUUCAGCCUGCAGUAUGACCAGGAGAACAACGCUCUGCACUGCACCAUCAACAAAGCCAAGCUUCCAGUUCCCAGAUACAGGAAGGGGCUCAAGCCCAUGGACCACAACGGCCUGUCGGAUCCAUACGUCAAGCUGCAUCUUCUACCCGGCGCCAGUAAGGCCAACAAACUCAGAACCAAGACGCUCCGUAACACACUCCACCCCGUCUGGAACGAGACCCUGACCUACUACGGCAUCACGGACGAGGACAUGGUCCGCAAAACACUCAGGAUCUCGGUGUGUGAUGAAGACAAAUUCCGGCACAACGAGUUCAUCGGGGAAACGCGAAUCCCGCUUAAGAAGCUGAAGCCCAACCAAGUCAAGAGCUUCAACAACUGCCUGGAGAAACAGUUACCUGUCAACAAGACAGAAGACAAAUCUCUGGAGGAACGCGGACGCAUCAUGAUCUCCCUCAAGUACAACACCCAGAAGUCCUGCCUGGUCGUGGGCAUCAUCCGCUGCGCUCACCUGGCCGCCAUGGACGCCAACGGCUUCUCAGACCCAUAUGUCAAAACUUACCUGAAGCCUGACGAGAACAAAAAGUCAAAGCACAAGACCGCUGUGAAGAAAAAGACUCUCAACCCUGAGUUCAAUGAGGAGUUCUGUUAUGACAUUAAAUAUGCAGACCUCACCAAAAAGACCUUGGAGGUGACUGUAUGGGACUACGACAUUGGAAAGUCAAACGACUUUAUCGGCGGCGUUUCUCUGGGCAUCAAUGCAAACGGGGAGAGGCUCAAACACUGGUUUGACUGCCUCAAGAACAAGGACAAAAAGAUCGAGCGCUGGCACACGCUGACCAAUGAAUUACCCGGCUCGCUAAAUGACUGAAGACCCCGCCUCCCGCCGUCGAACCCUCACCCGGCUGCACCAGAGAGGACGCCGCCUCCUGCUUUCAUGGCGCCUUGAAACGUCUCCCUGGAAGAGGAGGAUACAGUAACUCCUCUGACGUCGUUUCUCAUCCUUCACAAAUACACAAAAGCUGCACAGCUGCUGGUUUGUUUGUCUUCUGCAGAAGCAUUGAGAGGGGAUGGCAGUGUUGAUCUUUAAGGCUUUUCAGCGUCUCUGCAUGAUUGGUGAAGAUCAAAACGGUAAAUACGGUCUGUUUGAUGGGACCUUCUCCGGCAUCUGCAUCCAUUUCCCUCCCCAAAACCGCUCUGGAUCCUCUUCUGAAAUAUGACAAAAACUAAAGAAACUGCAGCAAAUGAUGGGUUAAAAUAAUGAUCAUCUUAAACCUGUAAGUCAGUUUCAACUUCAUCAGAAGAUGCAGCACUUUAUGAUGACUAGAAAACCUUUAGGUGAAGUUUUUUUGGCCUCCUAAGAACAAUCCUACAGUAUUUGUUUUAUUUAUUGAGGAUUUCUUUUUUUUAUUCCAUGACACCUUCAAGUAGAAUAAAAUUCGGGGUAAAAACUGCUGGUUGAAGGUUCAAAAACUUGACGAAGGAGUUUCCAGAAAGUUUGCAGAGGUUUCCAAUCCUCAGUGCUUUUAUUUUGAAGGAGCUCCACUUGCUGAAAACCCUCCCAAACUAUAUUCCAACUUUUUUUCCUCUCAGUCUCAUAAUUUGGAUUCAGUUCUUCUGGGUUUUACGUAAAUUUGCUCUCCCAGAAUUUUACAGUAUUUUCUUUUUAACAAUUAACAUUUUAUUUUUUAAAGCUUCCACAUUUAUUUCUUUUUUUUUGUCUCACAGAAACUAAGUUGAGAACAGUUUGAAACUUGCUUGAGACACCUAUGAAACAUUUUUGAGGACAUUUGUUACCCAAACUUUUUGAAACAUGUUUGAAAAUCCAGAAACAUUAAAAAGAAAAAGUAAAUUUUAGAUUCGGGAUAGAAAAUGGCACGAAUGUUUCAGGGCAUUUGGAAAACUCUCCUCAUUCAUCACCAACUGCCCAGAUGCCGACGGGUUACCCCUCCUCGGUCGGCCCCCACAGACAUGCGUUACCCCCGUCUGGUUAAAUAAAUGCGGCCCCAGCAGUCAUGGCUUCCCUCUAUGGCAGGGGUCGGGAACCUUUUUGGCCAAGAGAGCCAUAAAUGCCACAUAUUUUGAAAUGUAAUUUCGAAAGAGCCAUACAAUAAUUUAGUGUCCCU